AUGGCGUACGUAGCGGUCGUCAAGGCUUUGUAUGACUAUGAAGCUCAGGACCCCGAGACUGAGCUUGCGCUCAAAGAGGAUCAGAUUGCCUAUGUUAUCGAGAAGGAAGAUGAGGAUUGGUGGAAGGCCAAACUGAAGAAUGAGGACGGGGAUGAGGAGGGCGGAGUGGGAUUGAUUCCCGUUAGCUAUGUUGAGGAACUUCCACCAAUCAACAGCACUCGCGCCCUUUACGCCUACACCUCGACCACAGCCGAGGAGCUCUCGAUGGAGGAAGACGCCGUCCUCCAAGUAUUCUCUGUCGAAGAGGACUGGCUCCUCGUCCGCGUGGAGGGCGGAGCAGAAACACUCGGUUUCGUCCCACGGACAUACUGCGAGCCGCUGGACGAGUCGCAGGAGGUCGAAGUGGCCGACGCCGCCGAGGCCGAGGCGGAUCUCGAGGAAAAGCGGCAGCAGGAAGCGAUUGAUAUCCGGCAGCGCGAGGCGUCUGAGCGACAGAGACAGCUCAAGCUGAAGGACAAGGUGGAGACGUGGAGUGUGUCGCAGAUGGAGGGGAAGAAGAAGAAGAAGGGGACGCUGGGGGUGGGGAACGGAGCGGUGUUCUUCGCUUCGGACACGGAUAAGCUGACAUGGCAGUCUCCUGUUCAGCAGAUCUCAAUUACAGAUCUCGACUCGGUAUCUUCGGUGUCGAGCAAGGAGAUCCAGCUCUCCAUCUCUUCUCUCCCCGCUCCGCUCCACUUCCACUGCGGCGGAUCCGACACGGCCAAAGCGAUCCUGGCCAAGCUGGAGACUUCGAAAGAGGCUGCGGGAGAGGCUCUGCAGACUAUUGCAGCGGAAGGAGCAGCCGACUCGGACGACUACGAGCCUAAAGCUGUCCGAUUCGCACCCACCUCCUCCGCCGCUUCUGCGCGCGCCCCAGCGGCCAGCUCCGGCGAACCCGCUACGGUCCUCUACGACUUUGACGCGCAAGGCGAGGACGAAUUGAACGUCAAGGAGAAUGACAUUGUCACGGUCGUCGACAAGGAGAACGAUGAGUGGUGGCUCGUGCGUAACUCGCGAGGGCAAGAAGGAGUCGUCCCGGCGCAGUAUAUCCAGAUCGGCGAGGGGUCCGCCCCCGCCGCAGCGGGGUAUGACGAAGAUGACGAGGAGGAAGAGGCGAGGAGGGCAGAGGAGGAGGCUACGGCUCAGCGCCAGCUUGAUGCCGAGAGGCAGAGGGAGCGGAGCAAGCAGGCUGAGCAGCGCCGUGCGAUUGAGAAGGCGGCAAGGGCGAAGCAAGUACAGGAGGAGGAGGACAGGCAGAUUGCCCUCGAUCUUGAGAGGAGGGAAGUGGAGAGGUCGAUUGCGCAGCAAAAGGCGAGAAUGCAGGAGGAGGAGGUUCACCAAGAGGAACUGUCUGCUCGGCGGAGGGAAGUAGCGAGGCAUCAGGCACCGCCAAAGAUCGCCAAGCGGCCAUCUGCUAACGAUGUUGCUGCAGCCGCCGCGAGACUGCCGGACAGGGGACGAGCACCGCCAGACCGCCCACCAGAGAAUAGCCGGCCGAAACCCAAUCCUGGCCGUGUCCGCGUAUGGAGCGACAAGUCUGGCCAGUUCAAGGUGGAGGCGGAAUACCUCGGUCUCAAUGGCAACAAGAUCCGGCUGCACAAGACCAACGGCGUCAUCAUCGAGGUCCCUAUCGACAAAAUGAGCCAGGAGGACGUGCAGAUGAUCAAGCGGCACGAGACACGGCGGCAGCAGCGCCGGGCUGCAGCUGAGCCCGAGGACGAUGAUGUGCCCCUCGGCCGAACGCCGCGGAAGGGCCAAUCAUCCCGUUCCGAGGAGAGUCGGGCGCGGGGCGAGGAGCCUAUACCUGCUGCCGCGAUGGAACAGCCCAAACCCCGGAAACCGCGAUUCGACUGGUUUGCCUUCUUCCUGGAGGCCGGCUGUUCGAUGGAUGACUGUACGCGGUACGCGGCCAACUUUGAGCGGGACCGGAUUGACGAGACACUGCUCCCUGACCUGGAACCGUCGACGCUGCGGAGUCUGGGGCUGAAGGAGGGGGAUGUCAUCCGGGUGCGCAAGGAGAUCCAGGUGCGCUUCGCCAAGAAGACGCCUGAGCAGGAGGCGCAGAUCAAGCAGGACGAGGAUUACGCGCGGCAAUUGCAGGACUAUGAGCGGUCGGGCGGGAAGGGACCUAUUCCUCAACCUCCCCCCGCGCUCUUUACGGGUCCAAGUGGCAAGUUGGCCAACAAUACACGGAGGGGACGGCCAGAGCGGAAAGGGACGGAUACGGUGGAUGCUUCGGCGAUCGCAGCGGCGGGCGAUCAACUCAGCAAGAUGAACACUGGGGAUAGCGCGCCUUCACCGGUCCUUCUCUCACCUUCGCCCCCGCCGCCAAAGCAGGAGAAGCCGGCCGCUCCUGCGCCCGCACAGCUCAUUGCUGGCUUUGAUGACGAUGCGUGGACCAUCAAGCCCAGCUCUAAACCCGCCAGCCCGGCUCCUCCCGCCUCUACACCUGCCCCGGCCGCUCUUCCUCCUGUCGUCAAUGGCAACCGGGCAGCCACGUCCGGAUCAUCCGGUACCGACUCGCUCUUUGCGCAGAUCCAGGCCCUUCGGCCAGCCCAAACCGGUAUGCAAUCCAACAGUACCGGCGGGUCGUUCGGUCAAUCCCAGAUGCAGCCAAACCAAACGGGCUUCUCCAACUCGGCGCAAUACGGUCUCGGCCAACAAGGGACCGGUCAGCCCAUGUCCCAAAUGAUGAUGAACAACCCGAAUGCGCCGCGCGGCCCACUCGCGCCCGUCCCGAGCAACGAGGGGUUGCUCAACCCGCUCCAGCCGAGUCAGACUGGCGUGUUUGUUCCCACACGCGGAAGCCCGGCGCCUAUGGGCCAGCAGGGUAUGAUGCCCCAGGCGACAGGGUAUGGGAUGAUGCCGCAGCAGACGGGGUACGCGGCGGGGUUCCAGCAAGGGUAUGGGCAGCUGCAACCUGCGUUCACUGGAAUGGCUGGACCUCAGCAGCAGUUCGGCCAAAACAUGCACCAACAGGCCAGCUCAACAUUCGGUAGUAUCGCCAAUAUGGGCCCACCUGCGCCGCCCCAGCAGCAGCAGCAGCAACAACCGCAGGGUGAUAAGUUUGCCCCGGGGAAUAUCUUUGCCGCGAUGAAGAGGCAGGACUUUGGUAAGCCGGAUGAACAGCGGCCGCAGGAUUCAGGCAAAUAUGAUGCUCUCCGACCAUUGACGACUGGAUAUAACGGCGCACCGGGCAUGAUGCCCCAACAAACGGGAAUGGGAAUGAUGCCGCAGCAAAUGGGCAUGAUGGGCGGUAUGGGGAUGCAGCCGACGGGGAUGGGACAGGGGAUGAUGGGGCCGCAGAUGACGGGAUACAAUCCGUAUGCGGGGCAGCAAAAUCAGUAUGGGGGCCAGUACCGAUGA